AUGCAUCACCCAAUUACUGGAAUGAAUACUAAUACAGCUGCACAUUAUCACCGUGUCGCUGUUGAAAUGCAAAGUUAUGUCAAUCAACAGAAUGAGCAACUUCUUCAUUCUGCUAAUGGUGGAUUUCAUCAAUUUCAUGGACCGCGUGUCAUGGCUAAUGGAAGUCGUCUCGGUUUUAGUGGUCGGCAUACGGUAAGUCCAUAUUCAGCAAGAGAACAGCAUCCUCCUGGCUUUUUACGUUUAUUUGUACACAAUUUGGUUCAUGGUUAA